CGAGACACGAAUCGAUCCGUCUAGUUACAGAAAGACUAGGAGACUACAGAGGUACAUACAGCAAAACAUUCAGCGCAGGCAAAGAGCGAUUCACCACAGAAAGUGGCUACUCGUUAUCGCUUUGAACGCGAUGUCUUUGUACAUUGGCAAUAUAUCAUCUCGCACUCACCGAGAUGGACUCCAGCAUGUAUUUAGAAGGUUUGGACGAUGCACUGUAUGGCUUAAAGAUGGAUAUGGAUUUGUAGUAUAUGAUUUCCCACCUGAUGCAGAGAAAGCUCUGAGAGCACUGCAGGGUCGGAAUAUUUGUGGGGAGCCACUGACUCUUACAUGGUCCAACAAACAGCCUAGACCUUCAAAAAGGUUUGCAAGAGCUGAUAGGUCCUACAAGCAAUUACAAGAUCAGGGUUUUUCUAGAGGAGGAGAAUAUGUUAAUCACAACUUAGAUUCAAACAAUAUGCGAGAUUACAAGAUGGGUUUCGAGCAACCAGAGAGUACUGGUGGAAGACACAGUUCUGCUGACAUUCUUGAUGAAAAGACAGGUUAUCAUCAAGAUCCUAUUAUAGAUAAUGUUGAGGAUGAGCAUCACGAGCAUGGAGAAGAUUUGUUAGACGAGGACUGCAGCCUUGUACCGAACCUCAAGGAUGAUGAUAGAUGGGGCGGGCAAUUUAUAGACAGCGCAAACGAGAAUGCAUUGGAAUUUGACAGAUAUGAACCUUACCAAAGUUAUGACAGGAAAGAUGAAGAUGAGAAUGAUAGGAUGACCUAUUCUGGUCAUUCUCCUAGUCGAGGAAGCUCUCAAGAGAGAACAAGGUGGGUGAGUGCAGGAUCAGGUGAAGUAAAUUUGAAACACCCGUAUCAUUCAAAACUACAGCAAACGUGCUAUAGCUGUGGAGGCUUAGAGCACAAAAUGCGUAGUUGUCCCAAAGGAAAAGCUGCACAAAGAAAAUUCACCAGGUUUGAUCAUAGACAUAAAAAUGAUGUUGGUAGACUUGAUUGUGGUCAAGGUGAAUUGAAGAGACAUGGUACAAGGUCUCCAAGGGAGCAACAUUCAAGUAGAGAUGGUUCAUCAAGGAGGCGAGUCAGGAAUGACAGGAAAUCAUCUGAUGUCAGAAAACAUCAAAGUUUGGUACAGAGUGGAAGUUUCUUUGAGGAAAAGGAAAAUGAUAGAGCUUGUAGGAGGAACCAUGAAGGAAAGAAGCGAGGUAGAAAUGGAAAUGGAAGUGUAAAAACACAGAAUGCAAAGAAAACAAGGAGGUCAGCUUCAUCCCCUCUUCAUUCCGAUUACAUUGAAUCCAUAUCACAAUCUGCAUCUAGAUCGUUAAAAUACUUGCGAAGGUCAAUCUCUUAUUCUCGAUCGCGAUCAUCUUCUAGAUCACCUUCCUUAUCUUCUGAUUCUAGGUCUAAUUCCACAUCAUUCCGUAAUAGGUCCAAAAGCUCCAAAUCCAAAGCCAAAUCUAGGUUAAGGUCAAACUCAUUCUCAUCGCAAUCUUUGACUGCAUGCCAUGGUAAAUCGAUACUGUCUUCUCCAAAUAAAGCUCUGUCAAAUCAGCAGCACUUUGUCAAUGACUCUUCAACUGCGGAAGCUGAGGACAUUCUGGUUGAAAAAGUACUGGCAGUUAAAACCACUGAGACAUUGGAGAAUGCAAAACUUGAAAAUACCAUCCUAGCUGUAAAUCAUGGAAAUGAUGUGUCGUCAGAUGAAGUUGGAGAUGAAAAAGAGCACCUUAUGCGAGAGAGCAAUAUUGAAAUGUGUAAGGAGUCUAACUUAUUGCAGGAAUUAACAUUUCAGGGCAAUCAACAGUUAGAGAAUGAUACCAAUUCUGCUGCAGGUUUUUCUCCUGGGUCCAUGAGGGAGGUGAAGGUGGCACAGGAUUCUGAUGUAUCAAUGAUUGAGAAUAUACCAGAAGAAACAACCAGAAAACCAGAUUCAGGAGCUCCUCCUAGUUCCUGUUCUGGUUAUCUAACAAGCAUAACCUCAGAGGAGAUGCACACGGUUCUGAAGCAUUAUAACUUGGAACCACCGAAGGAAAGUGAAAUGCAUUUGUCUGUAGAGGCCUAUUUUGGCUCUGCUCGCUUUUGGCCUUGGGAUAUCAUCUACUAUAGAAGGUUGAAGAAGGGACCCAUUUCAGUCGAGAACUAUGCCAGGCGACUUGCACAAAACGAAGAAUUUGGUAUUGUUGACAAGUAUGUUAGAAGCAGUAGUGGAUGGGGUGAGUUAGAGCAUGGCAACUUGACAGGUGUAGGUGGUUGAUGUGCCAAUUUCAGCAAUUUUAAAUCUGCUUGUUUCUGAUACAUCUGUUUUUUGAACUGCACAAGUAAGAUCCUUGAUUAAUUUUAGACUGCCAAAGCUUUGAACAGGUAAUAGAAUAUGUUCUAUAUAAGGUCUAUUACUGGUUGUAUCCUAGAUAUUGAGUAAUGAUGCAUAAUUUGGAGGUGAUGUAUUUGAAAAUGAUAAAGAGUCUUGGUAUUUUAUCCCACCUAUAAUUCAAGCAUCGCAAGCAGCUAAUGUUUAGAUUGUGACAAAUUUCAGCUAUUCAUGACUUGUUUUAUUUUCUAGCCUUGGAGGAAGUUGUACUAAACAUUAAUAAAUUCUUAAGGUGUUUUUUCCUUUUUAA